CGGGCUCCAACUGGAAGAGUGAGGGGGACGUGGGUCCUGCGGACCUGGAGAGAAACUUGCUGCCCAGAAGGACAUUUUGGAGGUUUUGUUGCCUGGAAGAGGUGGCUCUGGGAUCCCAGUCCUAGAUCUUCAUUGAAGACUGGAAACGAAUUAAAUUAGGGCCAUGGGGACAUAUAAGGUCACGGCGCCUCUGAUCUUUGCCAUCUCCAUUGCUACAAUAGGCUCUUUCCAGUUUGGCUACAACACCGGAGUCAUCAAUGCUCCCGAGAUGAUCAUAAAGGACUUUCUCAAUCACACUUUGGUUGAGAGGUCGAAGGGGAACUUGAAUAACCUCCCCGACGAGGUGUUACUGACGUCCCUCUGGUCUUUGGCGGUGGCCAUCUUCUCCAUUGGUGGGAUGAUUGGCUCCUUCUCCGUUGGACUCUUUGUCAACCGCUUUGGCAGGCGCAAUUCAAUGCUGAUCGUCAACCUACUGGCUAUCCUGGGUGGCUGCCUUAUGGGGUUCUGCAAAAUAGCGACAUCAGUUGAAAUGCUGAUCCUGGGCCGGUUGAUUAUUGGCCUUUUCUGUGGCCUCUGCACAGGCUUUGUGCCCAUCUACAUUGGCGAGAUCUCACCUACCGCCUUGCGGGGGGCCUUUGGCACUCUCAACCAGCUGGGCAUCGUCAUCGGGAUCCUGGUGGCUCAGAUCUUCGGCCUGAAAGUCAUCCUGGGUACAGAAGAGCUGUGGCCUCUGCUUUUGGGCUUCACCAUCGUCCCAGCUAUCCUACAAAGCGCCGCCCUUCCCUUUUGCCCGGAGAGCCCUCGAUUCUUGGUCAUUAACAGAAAGGAAGAGGAGAGCGCUAAGAGUAUCCUCCAACGGCUGUGGGGCACCCCGGAUGUGACUCAGGACAUCCAGGAGAUGAAAGAAGAGAGUGCUAGGAUGGCCCAAGAGAAGCAGCCAACGGUGCUGGAGCUCUUCAGAUUGCCCAGCUACCAGCAGCCCAUCAUCAUCUCCAUCAUGCUCCAGCUCUCCCAGCAGCUAUCUGGAAUCAACGCAGUGUUCUAUUACUCAACAGGAAUCUUCAAAGAUGCGGGUGUCCGGGAGCCGAUCUAUGCCACCAUCGGGGCGGGCGUGGUUAACACCAUCUUCACCGUUGUCUCUCUGUUUCUGGUGGAAAGGGCAGGGAGGAGGACUCUACAUAUGAUUGGCCUCGGAGGGAUGGCUUUUUGUUCCAUCCUCAUGACCAUCUCCUUGUUACUAAAGGAUAACUAUAACUGGAUGAGUUUUGUCUGUAUUGCUGCUAUCUUGGUCUUCGUGGCCUUCUUCGAAAUUGGCCCCGGCCCCAUUCCCUGGUUUAUUGUGGCCGAACUCUUCAGCCAGGGGCCCCGCCCGGUUGCCAUGGCGGUGGCUGGUUGUUCCAACUGGACCUCCAACUUUCUGGUUGGGCUGCUCUUCCCUUCAGCUGCAUUCUAUUUAGGACCCUACGUUUUUAUCAUCUUCACCGGCUUCCUUGUUAUCUUCUUGGUCUUCACCUUCUUCAAAGUCCCUGAGACCCGCGGCAGAACUUUUGAGGAAAUCACCCGGGCUUUCGAAGGGCAGGUGAGGGAGGCCGACAGAGGCGAGAAAGGCCCCAUCGUGGAGAUGAACAGCAUCCAGCCCGGGAAGGAGACCGACACCAAUGUCUAAGCUGCCGUGCCUCCUCCCCGCCUCCCUCCCAACACGGAAACGCGACCUCUCCCAGAGGAGGGGGAGACCUCAUCAGGCUGUAACCCAGGACUGUAUUCGAAUGCUGCUACUUGAUUCCUUUCUCUUCCCACACACUCCAUGAGCACUCAGAGGAGCCCAGGACUGGACUUAGUUGUAUCUUCAGUGGCUUGUGAAACCUUUCAGUUCUUGGACACGUCUCUUCUGUAGAGAAGAGACCGAGUGAACCUACCUUCACCUCAGGAGGAACUGGCCACCUGGCUCAUGACAACAUUGCCAGCUCUUCCUCCCUUGGGUUGUACUCUGGCCUCGCAAGGGCCUACGGGGGAGUAAGAGUGCGGGGCCGUUUCCCUGGCCCCAGACUUCCCAGGAAGCAGAUGUACAGGAGUGUGGAAGGCAGAGAGGGAUUAAAUAAGAGCACCUUCCUCGCUUCCAUACAGCUCUGCAGAGCAAAUUAACUUGAGUUUUAUUUAUUUUCUCUUCUGGUUUUAUUGCAUAAAUAUUUAUUUUUUUAAGUGUAAAGUAAUUUUACCAAAUAAUGAAAACAUAAGGAAAUUGAGGUUAGAGGGAGGCGCUUAAGGAGAGGUUGAUAGGGUAGGAAGACUGGCUACUGGAGAGGUCCAGGUGCAAUACAGGAAGAAUGAGGGAGAAAAUGUAGUGUGUUGUCGCAGGGUGUACGAUGGGGUGCGUGAAGCUUGCACGGUGCCUCUCAACGAUUUCUGUCCUUCAGGUGGAAACUCUCAAGUUUAUUUUCUCAGAAAAGUCAUGUGCCUGUAUUAAGAAGCUACUGGUUACCUUUGGAA